AUGAACUUCAACGUCUGGAACAUCAAGGAGAUGCUGAGCACACCGACCGCCCUCGGGACGAAUAAGUUUUCCGGGCGGAGCAACACUGCCAGUGACUACUCGAGUCUGAGUGAUUCUCAGCUGCUCUUUGGUUCCCAGUUCUGCCCAGAGAAUCUGCAGUCAGCAGCAGCACCACUGGAGCUGGGCACACAGCUGGGACAGCAGAAUUCCCAGGAUAGUGAGCCCAGUAUUUUUACCAAAUACCAGACAAAACCACAGUUAUUUGAUGAAGAAACAAGAGAAAAAAGUUCUCUUAAUUUUGGUACAGUAAGAGUCAAAAGUGUCUUGGAAAAUUUUGAAGUGAAUAAGAACAAAAUAAAGGACAAAUAUGACCGUGAAGUCCUAAGCUCCUUUAUUUCCAGCAUCAAAGACAGGCUUCAAGAGCUGCAAGUGUGCUUCGAGAAGUUUGAAGAAAUGUUUGAUUCCAAACUCAAAUCCAGUUUGGUUUGCCUAGAAACGCUUUCCAAGACAUUGGAAGAUGCUUUUCAAAGUCACUGCAGCUUGGUGCUGAAAGCUUUGACAGAUAAAAGCCAAAUGGAGCAGGCACUGCUGGAGAUGGAGAGGAGACUUGCAGCUAAAGAUGUAGAGAUUUUGGAUGUGAAAUCCAGCAUCCAGCUGCUGAAAGAGGGUCUGGAGUCACUGCCAGCCCAGCUGAAUGACCAGUUCCUGAAAGCAUGUAAAGAACUUGACUUCCUGAAGCUAUGUAAUAUCUCAGCUGAGCAGCACACGCUUGUGUCUAGUGCCAGCCUGCCCCCUCACAUGACAGAUAAGUCUUUCCAGACCUCCCCUGGGCUGUGCCAACACUGUGUCUUGAGUGAGGAGCACCUGCACAGGCCGUGCUGCCCAGGCAGGGGAGUUUGCAGAUGCUCAGACUGGUCUCAUUUCCCCUGUGUGACAGUGGGGCAGCAACACGGAGACUCCCCUGGAAGGAACCAGGCCACUGGAGAUGGCACACCUAAGAGUGGCCUAAACCCAGCCCCAGGAGACAAAGCCAGCCCCAUUUGUACAGCAGCCUGUGGCAGAGCAAACACGUUUUUGCAGGAGCCUCCUGACCCCACAGAGGAGCGCAUCGGGUACCAGAAAUGCCCCAUGCACUGGUGGUGA